AUGCUACCCCGCCUCGCGCGGGCGCACCGCCGCGUUCUCCUCCCCACACCCCGCACUCUCUCCACCGCCACCGUAUCCGCGCCGGCGCCGGCGCCGCUCUCUGCCGCGGAGCUCGAGGCCCUGCUACGCCGGGACCACUACUCCGCCGCCACCCGCCGCUUCCACUCCCUCCUCCCGCUCCUCUCCCACCCCUCGCUCCUCCUCGCCUCCGCCCUCCUCCUCCGCCGCCGCUCCCACCCCUCCGCUGCUCCCCCUCCUCUCCCCCCUCCGCUCCCCACCACCACCGCCUCCCCCACCUCCCCCACCUCCCACCUCCGCCUACUCAUCCCGUCCCGCCUCAAGGGCCGCCCGCUCGCCCUCCCCACCCUCCCACUCCGCCUCGCCAUCCUCUCCGCCGCCUCCGCCCUCGACGCCGUCUUCGCCCCGCGCGCCGCCACCUUCGCCUACCGCGCCCGCCACGCCGCCAUCCGCUACCUCCGCUCCAUCCCCAACGCCACCUGGUUCUUCCGCGCCGCCAUCCCACGCCAGCCCUUCGGGCCCCGCCACGUCCGCCACCUGCUCGACGCCAUCUCCGCUAAGAUCGACGACCCCGGGUUCCUCGACUACCUGCGCGACCUCUUCCUCUCCGACGCCGUAACCUUCGACCUCGGCGGCUCCGAGCUCAGCCGCGGGCUCCCGCAGGAGUCCGACCUCACCGGCACGCUGCUGAACAUAUUCUUCGAUCCCGUGGAUCGAGAAGUAAUGGCCAUCCGGGAGGAGGUGCACAAGAAGAAUCCCAGAAUCAAGGACGAGAGCGUCCUGCACACGCCUGUCCGAGUGUACGCGGUCCGGUACCUCGACGAGAUGAUGGUUGUCACCACCGGGUCGAAGAUGCUCACGCUCGAGGUCAGAGAUAGGAUCCUCGCGGUGCUGGAGAAGGGCUUGGGGGUGAAGGUCGACAGGUUCGGGAGCUCAGUGCACAGCGCGGUGUCGGAGAAGAUGGAGUUCCUGGGGAUGGAGUUCCAGGCCGUGCCGCCGUCGGUCUUGCACCCUCCCAUGUCGGAGAAGGCCAAGAGGGCGAGGAAGAUGUACCUGAAGAGGAAGGCGGCGGAGGCGCAGGAGCUGAAGAAUGCACGGGAGACUCGGAGGAAGAAGCUCGGGUUGAAGAUACUCAACCACUUGUUCAAGAAGGUGAGGCGGGGUCACGAGUUCGAGUUUGGUUUCCGCAUUGAGGAUGAAGUGCAGCGGCAGUUCAAGGGUUGGGCAGAGGAGACGGUGGUCGAGUACUUCAAGUCGCAGGACCAUUGCCGUUAUUGGCACCGGUUGUUCACGUCUGGCGACUUCUUGUCAUUGAAUAGGGUGAGGGAACAGUUGCCACCAACGUUGGUGGACUCCUAUGAUCAAUUACACGAAGCACUGAACAGGUUCUUGAUGCCGAGGAGGGGCUACAACAUGACUGAGGAGGUGGAGAGGCUAGAAGAUGAGGAGGACGAAAGACAAUAUGAGAAGAGGACUGUCGAGGACUUGACAGAGUUGAAGAUGAGGGUCAAUGCACCAAUAGAGCUUGUAAGAAAGGCGGUAAAGUUGGCUGGGUUCACAAAUACCAUGGGCCGUCCACGGCCAAUAAAGCUGCUUCUCUGUUUGGAUGAUGCCGAUAUCAUCAAAUGGUAUGCCGGUGUCGGGAGGAGGUGGCUAGAUUUCUUCUGCUGCUGUCGGAAUUUCAAGAUGGUCAAGAUUGUUGUGAGCUAUCACUUGAGGUUCUCAUGCUUCCUAACAUUGGCGGAGAAGCAUGAGUGCACCAAGAGGCAAGCAAUUAGCCAUUAUACAAAGGAUUUGAAGGUGACAAAUGAAGAUGGAGUGCCAGAAGUGUUCUUCCCAACCGAGCGGGAGAUCAAGAUGAUGGGUGAUAAGAAUCUCUCGGAUCCAAAGCCUGUGGAUGGAGCCUUGACAAUGAUCCUGGUCAGAUUAGCAGUCGAUGAGACCUCCCAUCCAUGCCUGGCACAUUUUUGUGCUGGAACAGACACCGCGCUUUACAGAAUUCGUCUUCUGCAGAAUCGCCUUAAUGUUGAUCCUUUGAAUGAAAAGAAGUGGGUCCAAGGGCUAAGUGCCAUUCAUGAGAGUUUGAACAAGAAAUGCCUCCCGUUGUGCUCCAUGCAUGCAAGCGAUCUGCUUCUUGGCAAGAUUACUCUCCAAGAUAUUGAUUGUACUCAGUUUGUUGAUGUGGUGUGAAAUAUGAAAACAUGUGUACGAUAACACCGUUCGAAACACACA